UAAUUUGGAACUGUUUACGUCAACGAUCAAUUAUAACCUCAAAAUUUUCAUCUGAAUUUAUUUUAAUAAUGAAACCAAACAAAUACAACUUAUUUAUUGUAUAUGGAAUAUCAUUUAUGGAUUUAUUCGCGAUAGGUUUAAUGUUUCCACUUUUACAACCCCAUUUGCGAUCCCUAGGUGCUUCGCACCUUACGAUAGGAUUAAUGGGUUCGACCUAUUCAGCUUUGCAAGUUUUAGCGGGACCUUUAAUAGGUAGUUGGAGUGAUUUACGGGGAAGAAAACAGGUUUUAAUAUUAACAUUAAUUAUUUGUAUGGUUUGUUAUUUUUUAAUUGGUUUGUCUAGUUGGGUUUUUUUAAUAUUUAUAUUCCGAUUUAUUUUGGGAGGAUUUAAACACACCCAAACGUUGUGUAAAGCUCUAAUUGUUGAUUUGUUACCAAAAAAUGAACAUGCACAGGCGUAUGGUCGCUCAAGUGGUUUAGGAAUGUUGGGGUUUGUUAUUGGACCUAUUUUAGGGGGUCAUGUUUCAGAAUUAAAUGAUGGUUUUAUGUACGUUUGUUGGAUAACUUCUGGAUUAUUUUUAAUUAACAUUACUUUAACAUGUUUUUUGCCAAGUACAAAAGGAUCAUUUAAAUCUGAAAAAGUAGUUAAUCUUUUCGAUUUAAUUAAAGGGAUAAAUUUGGAGAUGAAGAAAUCUGUGGAAAUUCUUAAAAAAAUCAACUGGAAAAUUUAUUGGGAUGCGUUUUUAAUCCGAUUUUUAUUUGGAAUAACCACAUCGUUUUUCCAUUCAAACCAAUCUUUAUAUUUAAAAGAAAAGCACAAUCUUUCACAGCUUUACAUUGGUUACACAAUUUCAUUUUUUAGUAUCAUUGGUGUUUUAACAUCUUUAACACUUGGUUGGAUUACAGAAACUUUUUAUAAAAAUGACACAAAUUGUUUGCAAAGACUUUUUCAUUCAUUCAUAAUCCUCUCAAUUUCCUGUCUGGGUUUUUACCUGGCGCCAAAUUUAAUUGUUUUUUACACGUUUCUGGUUCCAUUUGGAAUUACAACCGCUUUAGUUCGAAUCGUUAGCAUGGAAAUGAUGCUAACAAAAUCGGGAAAGGAAGAAAAGGGGUCAUUAUCAGGUGCUUCGAAUAGUAUUAUGUCUAUUUCGAGAUUUUUUACUCCUUUAAUGUCGGGGGUUGUUGGUGAUUUUUUUGGUGAAGAAUCUGUGAUGUUUUUUGCAUUCGUUCCGGCGAUAAUCGGAUCGAUUGUUUGUUAUAAAUUGUUAUCAAAAGUAAAAUUUGAAUAAAUAAAAAAAAAAUAAUAAAAAAUAGGGUUUCGUCCUUCAAUUUAAACGCAAGCGCUUUCGAACCCA